AUGAGCCGCCAGCCCGAGCGCCCCACGGCCUCGGCAGCCCCCGCGGCCUCCACGCCCUUGCACCGGCCCAUCAAGGGCAUCCUGAAGAAGAGGAACUCUGCAGCCUCCCCCGUGGCGGCCGCGGCCGACCAGCCCCGCCGGAGCGUCGACGAGGAGCUGAGGAAGAAGUCCCAGAAGUGGGACGAAAUGAACAUCCUGGCAACCUACCACCCAGCUGGCAAAGACUACGGUUUGAUGAGAGUGGAUGAGCCAAGCACGCCCUACCACGCCAUGAUGGGUGACGACGAGGAGGCCUACAGCGAUUCGGAAGGCAGCGAGGCCUUGGCCCCAGAGGUCCUGGCUAAGAAAUUAGCGGCGGCUGCUGCUGCUGCCGCCGCGGGGGGCUCGGAGACCAAGUCUGGGGCUCGGGAGCAAGGAAGCAGCGGGGAGGAAGACGACGGCCUCUCCCCGGAAGAGCGAGAAAGGAAGCGGCUGUUCGAAAUAAAGAGGAAGCUUCACUACAACGAGGCCGUGAACAUUAGAUUAGCCAAGCAGUUACUUGCAAAAGAACUGCGCGACGAGGACGACGACGAGGACGAAGAGGAAAUGUCAGAGACUGCAGGCAGCAUGAAUAUUGAAGCGUCGAGUCAAGGCUCGGCGGGAAGUGACCCUCUGCAACACAGGUCACAAAGUCCAUAA